UAUUCUGGAUCAGCUCCGAUCGCGUCGCUUUUCAGCUGAAGAGGAUCAGAGUCGAGUAAAAAAAAAAACAAGGGGGUGGCUGCUCUCCUCAAAUGAACCGGGUGAACUGGCGUGAACCCGUCAGUGACCAAGGCAAGUAACCUGAGUGAGAGACCAGAUGUGCUACAGCUCAUGCGUAAAAGGCCCACACGCAGCAGUGUCCACGGGAGCAACACGUACGUGCCUUUUGUGUUCACAGCUUUACUCCUCGUGUUAUUUUCACUGGACUGGAUUCGCUAUGCAAUGUAAUAAAAAAAUUGAAGAGAUUAGUGAGGACGCUGAUUCUCUUUAACUCAGAUCACCAUAAAUAUAGCCUCAUCUAUUCAUAAAAAGUUUUCUUUCAUCCGAGUUAUCCAGCCCACCUUUCUAGAAUACGCAUGAAAAUGGUGAAGAUGUUUCUUCAUGAAUAAAUUAGCUUUCAAAUUUAAAUAAUCUCCACUGCCAAACAUUUCAAAUUUAUAUGUCAAGGUUAUUUUGUUUGUUUGUUUAGCUAAAUUACAAAUCUGAAAUCCGGACUUUUGUAGAUUCAAUUGUUUUCUUUAUACAUGCUGAUUAAGUGAUAGAUGAACACCAAAAUAGCAUGUUUUAUUAAACUGUGUCAUAAUAUGAUCAUCUGACCUUUACUGUUUUAUUUUAUUAGCAGAAUACGCGAAUUGAGCUCUCCGAGCCUUUCAAAAUAAAACUCCGGAACCGCAGCAGAGCUGGCAACAAGUGUUUCUGUAGAAGGAACGUGAUCCCGGAUGAGGUGGUACCGGCUCGGUUUCACUAACCGAUGCAGCAGCAGAGAAAACGGGCAGGAUUCCGCUGCUUUCUGCCGUUGAGCGGAAAAGCGUCAGAGAGUAACCGGAUCAGAGCAGAGGGGUGGGGCGGGGUCAGCUAUGUUUGCCUCCAAAUGAACCAAUCAGAGCAGCGAUUUGCUUGAUUGACCGCUUUUCUCCACAAUUCCGGAGACUGCAUUUAGUUUGACGUCCGACCAGCAGCCAAUAGCGACACAGGACGGACCGGAACUGAAGGAAACGGCUAAAUACAAAUUUUCCGAGCUGUAGGUGAGGACGUUACCUGUCUGCCGCUGCUGAGGACGUCACUGUAAUGGCUCUGUCACAGAGCUUGGAGGAUUCACCUCUGAGACUGGGUCCGAGACCGACCCGAACCGGCGGGCCGAACCCGCAGGAUGUGUACAACGAGAUGCAUCGACUGGCUCUGGAGGAGCUGCUGUCCGGAGGUACCGACGACUUUCUGGACUUUCUCCGGAGAGAGAGGAUUCCGAACUUCUUGUCCAACGACGAGAUUCAGCGGAUCCGGAGCUCCGCCGUGCCCCCGCGGUGCGCCUCCCUCCACGGAGAGGACCAGCCACUGGAGCAGUCCGUCUGCAGCUCCCGGGACUGCUCCUCGGUCACUUAUUUCCCCGAGGCGUCGGACGUGGAGCCGCCGCUGCUGGAGCUCGGCUGGCCCGCCUUCACCGCGGGGUCGUACCGGGGAGUGACCCGGGCCGUGGCGUACUUCCAGCCCAGCUACGGAGAGAGUAUUUACAGCUGCAAGGAGGCGGCGAGACGCCUGGUUCAGAGCGCCAGAGAGGUGAUCGCCAUAGUGACAGACUCCCUCACAGACCUGGACAUCUUUAAAGAUCUUCAGGAGGCGUGCUCCCUCCGCAGAGUCCCCGUCUACAUCCUGCUCGACCAGUCGUGCGCCCCCGCUUUCCUCCAGAUGUGCAGAAACGUCGGUGUUCGCCUGGACGACCUUCAGCAAAUGAGAGUUCGAACCAUAACGGGCACGACUUACUACACGAGGGCUGGGGUGAGGAUCACCGGGAAAGUUCACGAGCGGUUCAUGCUUAUCGAUGGAAACCGAGUGGCCACAGGCUCCUACAGGUUCAACUGGACUGACGGCAAGCUGAACAGCAGCAACCUGACUGAGCUCUCCGGUCAGAUAACGGAGAAAUUUGACGAGGAGUUUCGCAUCCUCUACGCCCAGUCUCUGCCCGUCAACGCCCGCGGACCCCCGAGCGUCCGCAGCAGUGGCCUUUUGGAGAACUUUGCUGUCAAGCACUCUGUUACCUCCUCCCCUCUUGUGGCUAAAGACACGCUCACUGGUCCAGUCUGUAUGACGAGCACGCCCAGUCGUAAACCCCAGAUGUUGGAUUUUGAGCCCUCAUCUCCACAUCGUCAUAAAGCCAGCCCGGUGUCGGACUCCUCCACCAUAGGUGUGACGGAGCAGAAGCAUAUACAGGAGGAGAUCCUGGCUGGCAGCAUGACUCGACGCCAGGAGACACCGCCCCUCUCAUGCGACACUUCGACCCAGACCAGCUGGUCGGUGAUGGAGAGUGACACCCAGACCGAUCUCCAGCUUGUGCAGCAUCUCAACCACCUUCCACCAGUCCACGACCUCUCAUCUAGACAGUCUUUAGCCCUCCAGGUGGCUCCAUACAACACCUUAAAGGACACCCUCCACAAGCUGACCAAAGAGCGCCAGUACCACUACUCGGCCAUCCGCUCUAAGCUGGAACGCGUGGUGACGUCGCUGUCAGAGAGGCGGGGGCUGGCAGACGUCACCAACGUGACUCAGGGGCUCGGUGCUGGCGGCAGACCGAGCACACACACAGACUCUGAACCCAAUCCCAGACCUCCUGAUGAAAAUGCAGGCAUGGGCACGUGGCCAAGAGCCAGAUGUGUGCACUAGUCUGUCUUCAAAGAUCUUAGAGCUGGAGGCUAGUGAGUGAAGAGCUGCUUCUUUGUUCUGUAUAAAUGUUUCAGGCCCUGAAACGCCCGUCAGUGCCCGCGGCUUCGCUCUUCAUCUUGUUUUAAUGUAUUUUGGUGACGGGAUAGUUGGUUUGCAACUGGCACUAACACAGUCGGUGUAAAUCAAGGUGCUGCAAUAAUGAUGUUUUAAAGAACGAAUCAUUUUAUUUUGUCAGAAUAAUGUUGUGAAGAGGCGGGUGGUGGAUCUAAUCUGCUGUAAUUAAGUAAGAGAGAGCUGAAGUGCUGCUGUGGCUCCAUCCAAAGGUCGCUCGGGAAAGCUGCUGCUGCCUCGAGAAUAAACUAAUAUUUAGCACAA